GUGGCGCACGUGUGUGCAGCACAGAAGUGGAUGUACGGCGGCCUGGACAGUAAUCUGCUCCUGCAGUACAUCGCCUGGGUCAGCUACCCCGUGGUGCUCAUCACAUUCUCGGCAGGAUUCACCCAGAUCCUGGCUCCUCAGGCCGUGGGCUCGGGCAUACCGGAAAUGAAGACCAUCCUGAGGGGAGUUGUCCUCAAGGAGUAUUUGACUUUUAAGACGUUCGUGGCCAAGGUCAUCGGGCUCACCUGCGCCCUGGGCAGCGGGAUGCCUCUGGGGAAGGAGGGACCUUUUGUCCAUGUGGCCAGCCUGUGUGCCGCCCUCCUCAGCAAAUUUAUGGCUGCUCUUUUUGGGGGAAUCUACAUGGAAGAGCCCUUUGAAGGAAGCAAGAACGAAUUGAGAAACACCGAAAUGCUGUCGGCUGCGUGCGCGGUGGGCGUGGGAUGCUGCUUUGCCGCGCCUAUUGGAGGAGUGUUGUUCAGCAUCGAAGUCACGUCGACGUUUUUUGCCGUGAGGAACUACUGGAGGGGUUUCUUCGCUGCUACCUUCAGCGCCUUCAUCUUCCGAGUGCUGGCCGUGUGGAACCAGGAGGAAGAGACCAUCACCGCCCUCUUUAAGACUCGCUUCCGACUGGACUUCCCCUUCGACCUCCAAGAGCUGCCGGCCUUCGCUAUCCUCGGGCUCGCCUGCGGUUUCGGCGGCGCCCUCUUUGUCUACCUGAACCGGCUCAUCGUGGAGUGCAUGAGGAAGCAGAAGACCAUUAACAAGCUCUUGCUGAGGAAGCGUUUGGCGUAUCCGGCGCUCGUCACUCUGCUGGUGUCCACGUUGACCUUCCCGCCGGGGUUCGGGCAGUUCAUGGCGGGUAAGCUGACGCAGCACGAGUCGUUGGUGGCGCUGUUUGACAACCGCACGUGGUGCCGCCAGGGCGUGGCCGAGGAGUUUGACUACAUCAGCCACCAUCAUGCCUGGAAGCACCCCCAGGUCAACGUCUUCAUCACUCUCGUCCUCUUCAUCAUCAUGAAGUUCUGGAUGUCCGCCGUGGCCACCACCAUGCCUGUUCCAUGCGGGGCCUUCAUGCCAGUUUUCCUCAUUGGUGCAGCAUUUGGCAGACUGGUCGGAGAGAUCAUGGCUGCCAUGUUUCCUGAUGGUAUCCAUGCCAACGGCAGCGUCUAUCCCAUCGUUCCCGGCGGUUAUGCCGUAGUGGGUGCUGCGGCGCUUUCCGGCGCCGUCACACACACCGUGUCCACCGCGGUCAUCGUCUUCGAGCUGACCGGUCAGAUCUCGCACAUCCUGCCCGUGAUGAUCGCGGUGAUCCUGGCCAACGCCGUGGCACAGGCGCUCCAGCCUUCGCUGUACGACUCCAUAAUCCGCAUCAAGAAGCUGCCCUACCUUCCCGAGUUGGGAAUGGGGCAUCACGAGAAGUAUAAUAUCCGUGUGGAGGACAUUAUGGUGCGUGACGUGCGCUUCAUCACGCUCACCUCGUCCUAUCGAGAGCUGCAGGAGAUGCUGCUGACCGGUCAGCUCAAGACGCUCGCCUUGGUGGAGUCUCGAGACUCCAUGAUCCUCCUGGGCUCCAUCGAGAAGCUUCAGCUGCAGUCUCUGCUCUCGCUGCAGCUGAGUCGCCAGCGCCGCCUGACCCACUUGCGCCGGCUGCUCCUGGACAGCGACGCCAACGACAACCUGACCAGCCUCACCAGCUUGACCAGCGACAGCGCCCCCGCGUCGCCGCGCCACAGCAACGCUCAUCAAGGGGUUCGCUUCCUGGUGAGCACCCAAGAGAUCUCCACAGAGGAGUCGUCCUCCUUCGGCCCGCCCGGCUCCACCCUUCACCGUCCCCUCAAGUCGGUGCUCAAAAGCGCCGGCGACGCCCACACUCCCGCCAGCUCUCAGGCGCCGUCCAGUGCUGGGCAAGACCAGGAGACGCCAGAGAGUCCGUGUGAGGUGGCCCCGUGCGAAAGAAGGAAGCCCAAGCGCGUGCGCAUCUCCAUGGCGGACUCGACUGAAGUAGAAGAUUGUAUGAGCCCAACUGAGAUCGCCGAGUGGGAAGAACAGCAGUUGGACGAGCCGCUGGAUUUUAAGAACUCCAAGAUUGACCCCGCUCCAUUCCAGCUAGUGGAGCAAACCUCGCUUCAUAAGACCCACACUAUCUUCUCCCUUCUGGGUCUGGAUCACGCCUACGUGACCAGCAUGGGCCGUCUGGUCGGUGUCGUCUCCCUCAAAGAGUUACGUAAGGCCAUAGAGGGCUCUGUGACGGUGACGGGGGUGAAGGUGCGCCCCCCGCUGGCCAGUUUCCGUGACAGCGGCAACACCAGCAGCAUCUCCGAGGUCACGGAGCUCCACAAGUUGUGUAUCCGCCACCGGGGACUCUCAUUGCCGCGGGAACCCAGACCACCGGACCAGGUGGAGGACCAGACGGACGUGGCGUACCAGGAUAUGCCCAUCGGCGUGUCAGACCAGACUGGCCCGGGCGACGUAGAGCUCGAGGAGAGCCCCACAUUCACCGAGGACCAAUCGGACUUUACCUUUGACUGCAGCCUCGCCAACACCGAGGAAUCCGAGCUGGUUUGUGACUUUGAGCCACCGCCGGGCCAAAUUCCGGUUCAAGCGGCGCAAAGAAGCGGGAGUCCCCCUCUCAGUGGGGACCAAUUAGAACUAGAGGCGGUGAGACCAAUCGCUGAUGACCAAUCAGAGUGAUGAAUGUUGACAUUCCUGCCAUUUGUAUAUUGACAGUACCCGCUCCAUUUCAACACAGCCACAGUCGGGAUAUCACUCCCUAGUCACUUGUGUGUGUGUGUGUGUGUGUGUGUGUGUGUG